CAGUGUGACCAGGAGCUCCACCAUCCGCACACCAAGCAGCGAUAUCAAGAACAAACGAUGACAUUAAUACACAGAGCACAAAAGCAUACUCUUGUCUGACCACCUAAGCGCUGCCACUGCCUCGCUCCCGGUGCUGCUUCUACUGUUCGGCCUUCCACCAGCAUCACCAUGAGCAGCGUUGGCGGUCUGAACGUGGUGCGCUCCUCCAGUAUCUCAGGGGCCAUGUACAACCUGGAGAAGAGCCCUGGCAGCGGAGGGCCUGACACGGCAUCACUGUCCGGAAACAAGAAGAGGAGGUCCAGCCUGGGAGCCAAAAUGGUCGCAAUCGUGGGUCUGUCGCAGUGGAGCAAGAGCACGCAGCAGCUCAAUCAACAAGAUAAUGGGACAAAGAAGCUACGCAGCACGAUCCGGCGGAGCACAGAGACGGGUUUUGCGGUUGAAAUGAGAAGCAGAGUGACGCGGCAGGGGAGCAAGGACUCAACUGACGGCAGCACCAACUCCAACAGCUCCGACGGAACGUUUGUCUUCCCAACCCCACGUCAAGCGCCGGACCGGCAGUUCAGUGACUUUCUGGACGGACUCGGCCCCGCUCAGAUUGUGGGUCGGCAAACUCUAGCUACACCCCCCAUGGGGGAUGUUUAUGUUGGCAUGGUGGACAGAGGAGGGCAACUGGAAGUGGAAGUCACUCAAGCCAGAAGCCUGACCCCAAAACCGGGCUCCAAGAACUUACCAGCAACCUACGUGAAGGUGUAUCUUUUGGAAAAUGGCAUGUGCUUGGCCAAGAAGAAAACCAAAGUAGUAAAGAGAAACCUGGAUCCCACAUACCAGCAGACUCUGCUGUUCGAUGAAAGUCCUCAGGGCAAAGUUGUGCAGGUAAUAGUGUGGGGGGAUUAUGGGCGUAUGGACCACAAGUGCUUCAUGGGAAUGGCUCAGAUCCUCCUGGAGGACUUGGACCUGUCUGCCACUGUCAGUGGCUGGUAUAAGCUGUUCCCUACCUCCUCUCUGGCAGACCCCAACAUCGGCCCCCUGACCAGACGCCUCUCUCAGUCGUCUCUGGAGAGUGCCACCAGCCCCACCUGCCCCUAGACUCUGACACACAUUUGUGCUGUGCUGGGGCCUGCAAAGGGAAAUGCACACUCAACAUUCAACUACUGCCAUCCAGAACUGUACAUUUAGAUGUGUCUCACACUACACACUGUCUGACUUUGGUUAGCGCCUCCUUCAGGUGGACACAAUGAAUUAGAAGAUGUAGCAUUAACAUUUCACCAUCUCAAACAAGGACUCACCCGGUGCCAUGUCAGCCAUUUUGAGAUCUCAUCCCAGGGCCAUCCCAAUGCCAAUUUAUAAACUCUAUGCCAAACUAAGAAAUCUUUAUUUUUUAAAACCAAAGCAAUUGUCAUUGUUGUUACUCUUAUUAUUGUAGAUGAGUAGUAGUAUCAAAUGGAUAUGUAGCAAAGUCAGUGACUUAGAUGUAAUGCAAAAAAGACAAAGCAUCCUAAACCCAUGAGCUGAAAAUAACAGACAGAACAUGACCAUGGCUUAAAUAAGGAUCCACAUAAUGAUGAUUAUGUGAAGUAGCCACAUGCUCUGCUAUUGUAUUAUUUCUCACCACAGAGUGGAUAUAAUCUCUAUUUGUGUUGCUGUAUGUACCAGCUGAAUUCUGCAUGUUUGCUUGCUACCCUCUAAGAGACAUUUGAUAAAAAGCGCAAGUGCUUUAUAUAUUUUUUAGCUUGUUUUACUGCUGUAAAAAAAAUAUAGUGCCACUUUCUUUUGCGGUUGUGAAUCUUAUGAAGGGAUAUAACAAGAAGAUGACAACAAUAUCUGAUGCAUUGCCACAUGCAAGAUAUUGGAAACAGACAUAUAGUGUAAAGGAGGGUUCAGUCUGGAGGAUUCGGUUUGGAAGGUUUAGUCUGGAGAGUUUUGUAUGGAGGAUUUUGCGUGGAGGGUUUUGUUUGAAGGGUUUUGCAUGGAAGGGUUUUGUUUGCAGGGUUCAGUGUGAAGGGUUCAGUUUGGAGGGUUUUGUUUGGAAGAUUCGGUGUGGAGGAUUUUAUUUGGUGCGUUUUGUGUGGAGAGUUUUUAGUUCUUGGUUCAUAGGUGUAAAAGUUACCAAUGGCAUUAUCUUUUUUGCACUUUACAUAUUAUGAUAGUAAAGUAUUAGACAGAAUAACCUGAUGAUAUGCACACAGCUUCAACCAAUUCAAACCUUUAAGUCUCUUUGGAAAGUCAUUUCCAUUUCACUGACUUCUUGUCAGUGUGAACUGGCCAGCAGGGUGUCAACACAACAUGAAAUUAGGUUUUACUUCUGUGCCGUUUUCUGUCAAACUAUUUUGAUUUUUAAAAAAAGGCACUUUACCCUGUUUUAUUAAUAACAGCUGCUGCAGUGACUUCAGAUGUAUGAAUUAUUUUAAUAACAUUCUAAUUAUGGAAUAUUUAAGGUAUACUCUGUACUGAGAACUAUACAAACUUAUGUCACAUUUUUAAAGUCUAUUUGAAACUUUUAUUAUCAGUUUAUUGAGAAAAUUAUAAACCUCUUCCUUUGAUUGCAAUGGAUAGAGAAGCCUACAGUAGGCAUUGGAUUUAACGUAUAUAAAAUGCAUCAAAUGAGUUUGUUCAAGGGCAGCCUAUUUUUUCAUUAGUUUUGCUUUCCAGUUACAAGAGCAGAAUAACACAUUUGUUUCUGUAAUCGUGUGUGUUUUUUACAAUAAGGGAUAACUCAGACCAAAAUAACCCACGUAACACAUUUUGAUCAAAGGGAAUAAUCUCUGAUAAUCUUGAAUUUUUGGGAGGAGCUUGGCAGUCAUUUGGCACCUCCCAUUUUACAAAUAAAUAUAUAUUGUAUAGAGCCCCAAGGUCUGUGGUUCAAACUUAUAUUGACCAAUUCCUUGCUGGCUAUUUAAUGUUUUAGUGUCUUUAUAUUAAAUAAAUGUAUGUAUAUUUUGUGAGCAGCUGGCAUGACAUUUAAAUUUCUGUAAACAUUUGAUUCAAAAUGUUACUUGCAAGUGGCAGCAUUGAAGGAACAUGCUAAUUUCAAAGGGAGUUUAGCAUAAGAGAAACAGUUGGCUUGUUUUACAUCCCUGUUGGGUGCUGAAUGUUUUGUCUCAAUAUUUAAAGAACAAAGAAUAUAUUCAGACUUAUCUUGGGGUGUAUACAGUUUGCCCCUUUUGUUGUAUAUUGUAGCCCAAAAUAUCCUGAACUAUUUGUGUAAAGGAAGCGAUGCUUUCUGAAAGACUUCAUCUGUUGCAUUUGAUGUGACAGAUCUGAAUUGUUUGACGUGGGAACUAAAAGGAGAGUUGUACCUGACCUUUUCUAAAGUGUGUUGUGUGUGUCUCCUUAAGAGCUGCAUGUAAUAUAGUGUGCUGCAAGAGUCAGGAAGAGAAUUCUGAGAACUGAAUACAGGGCUUUGAUCUAAUGCUUCGUAGUCUUAACUGUGUUACUUUAUCAGAGGUGUCUAAACCUUAGCCACAGCACCAUUUAAGCAGCCAGCCUCUCACCUAAGGCUUAAUAAAUGAGUCUAUGAGGGAAAUAUGUCUUACAUUCCACCUUCGUACGGUCUCUUUACAUUCCACCUUUGUACGGUCUCUUUAUCCCUGUCCUACGACCACAGAAGUAGAUUGUGAAUGGACAUGUGAAUUAGAUCUCAUGUUUAUGGAGUGUGUUUUUAGUAGGAAACACUCAAUCCAAAAAUGUGGACACCCUUGUAAAUGUAAAUGAGUUAUGGCUCACCAUUGUUUUGCUAUAACACACUACUUUUCGCAAACAUGAAAUUCCUGUUUGUACUGAGUGUGUUUUGUCAGUAAUAUUAGUUCAUGUCUUGGCAUCUUCCCAGUCACAGAGGCAGGUGGUCACAUAGAAGGGCAUGAGUUUGCUGCAUUGAGGAGCUUUGGUUUGACACUUGAUACACACAAGCUUUGGCUGUAAAGACAGUUGGACUGUGCAGAGCAUGGUGAUGUGCGUUUAUGACGGGUCUUUAGUUGCAAAAAAGCUACUUGUGGCAGGAAGAAGCAUCUCUCUGAAAUGAUGAGGGCACUUGGAAUGUAAAUUGCUCGCUUAUUUACUCUAUAUGAAACCCAAAUUGUGCAAAAACUAUUGUUGAAAUGUCUCAGUUUUAUUUUUGUACAAAGGAAAGUUCUAUUCAGAGCGCUAAUGGUUUGAGCACGGCGAGGUUGGCAAAUCUCUUGCAAAAUUGAGGGCUUUUUCAGUUUACAAUGGCCUUAUUUUGUGUGGACAUUGUUUCAAUAUUGUAGCACACAACUGAAGGUUCUGACCAAUAUAUUUUGCUUGAAAUAUUGUAUGAACUUAUAUAUAUAUAUGUGUGUUUACAUAGUUUUCUGAAUGUAUUUACAAAUCUUUCAACAAGGACUGAGUCUGAGUUUUGUCUUAUAGUUUACUACUGUCUCUUUGAGAACUUUCAGGGAGCUGUCCUGCACUGGAGCAGGCUGACCCUGUACUGUACACUUACUCUGAUAUUUUUCAUUCUUAGCACAGUGUAAAAAGAGCAUCACUUCUGUUUUGCAAACAAUUCUUUGAUUUAUUUACAUUUGCAGCAGAAGGAUUGCACUUUCCAACCCUAUAACCAUAGUUAUGAGAUAUAUUCCAUUUCAAAUAUUUUUAGUUCAAUCUUUUUUAAGAUUCUGUGAUGAUGAGUCUAACACAUUGCAAAGGCCAUGUGCUUACUGGAAUUUCUACAGAUGCAAAUUCACUUUUUCAAAAUGCUGUAUCACAUGGUAGCAAACUCUUAGCCUUCCACACUCUGAAUUAUUAAUGGUGGCAAUAAGCCUCGGCUGUAGCCUCUUACUGUAGGUUAUUAUUGACCUGUUCUUUACUCUGUAGCUGAGGGCACAGCCGCUCCUAACAAACCCAAUCAGCUCUAGCCUUCGACAGGCGCAAAUUUCAAUUGAAUAUUUGCCUUUCAGAUCAAUGUAGCAGCUUUGAAACUCGAUCCAAACACUCCCCAGUUAUUUGUUGCUUUGUGAAAUCAUGAGCUGUUGUAAUUGUUUAAAAUGUUCUGUGUGAAAUCAGCACAAACUGCAGGCAGCCAAGUCUUCUCUUAAGACUGAAAUCUUUAAAAGAGAAAAAGAAACCAGCCAAGCACAAAGAAAAUUCUCAUCACAUGUUAAAAGCAAAAACUCAAAGUAGGCACAGCGUAUCCUGGUGUUGAAUGCUGGUGUAUGUAGAUGUCUCACUAAUUGGCAUACUCCUACAAUCUAAAGUCUUUAUAAUGUGUUUUCAAAGGCUAAGCGAAGCAGACUGAUGCAAGUGGGUUGUUUAUGGCAUAAAGGAACAGGAAGCUGUACUUUUCUACCUGUGCUUUGUAAAUGUUUUCUAUGUGCAGUAUUUGAUAAUGUAAAACUGGUAUUUUUGUGGUUUGUACGCUGCCCAAUUGAUUACUUAAGGUGCACGUAGUUUUUUAAGAAAAUGGAAUUAAAAGGUAAAAAACUUUGGGGAUUCAAAAGCCUGUAUUUGCAUGCCCUCGGACAUCUGGACACAAUGUCAAUAAAGUUUAUCAAUCACCA